AUGCGAACCAAGGAAAAUGAAAGCCUUAUUCCUCAUAUGGAAAAACUUUUAACAGCAUGGAUAAGUGAUCAAUCUGGACGGCUCCAUAUGCCUGUUACCUAUGCUACCAUUUGUGCUAAAGCUUUAUCACCUUUUGAGAUGCUGAAACAAAGAAAAGGAGGCAACGUUGGAGAAACAUUUUCUGCAAGCAGUGGGUGGUUUGACCGGUACAAAAAAAGAGCUGGUUGGUAUAACAUAAAAAUCCUUGGAGAAUCAGCAAGUGCCGAUACAGAAGCGGCUAAAUUAUUUCCUGCUAAGUUGGCAGAAAUAUUGGAAGAGGGAAAUUACUUGCCAUCACAGGUUUUCAAUGCGGAUGAAACUGGUCUCUUUUGGAAGCGCAUGCCACCAAGAAGCUAUAUUGCAAAAGAAGAAUCGUCAAUGCCUGGUUUUAAACCCGCGAAAGAGCGACUAACUUUAUUCCUUGGUGGGAAUGCAGCUGGAGACUGUAAGUUAAAACCCAUGAUGGUGCAUCGUGCAGGAAACCCUAGGGCACGUAAAGGAAUUGUGAAAAGCACACUGCCAGUCAUAUGGAAAGCCAAUAAAAAAGGGUGGGUUACUGCUUUGCUGUUUGAAGAUUGGUCCUCACAUUAUUUUGUACCUGAAGUGAAAAAAUAUUGUGAAGAUAAAUCAAUACCUUUUCAAGUAAUUCUGCUUGUAGAUAAUGCACCCGGUCAUCCACCCUCUCUUCAACAUCACCACCCUAAUGUCAAAAUCCUACUCUUGCCACCAAAUACAACUUCCAUUUUGCAACCAAUAGACCAAGGAGUUAUUGCCACAUUUAAAGCACUGUACCUUCGGCAGACAUUUGAAAUGUUGAUUAAAGCAACAGAUAACGAGACAGGUCCAAGUCUUAAAGAUUUUUGGAGAAAAUCAUUUAAUAUUUUAGAUGCAAUAAAAAUUACAGCAAAUGCCUGGAACAAAAUUUCAGAGACAACCAUGAAAGGCGUUUGGAAAAAGCUCUGCCCUCAGUUGUUUGGUACUAAUGUUGAAGGGUUUGAAGAACCAGCGGAAAUUGUACAGCAGAACACAGAAGCAAUAGUUACUCUUGCCAACAGAUUGGACCUGGAUGUCUCUGAAACUGAGAUAAAUGACCUUCUUGAAGCGCACAAGGAAGAACUUACAAAUGAAGACCUCUUAGAUAUGGAAGAACAAGAGGAACUUGAAGAGGUAGAAGAUGUUACAGCACCUGAAACUCCUGUUCAUUCUUUCACUUUUAAAGGCCUCGAGGAAGCAUUUCAACCCAUGGAAAAGGCAAUUAAUAUUUUUGAGUCACAAGAUUCUAACUUUGAGAGAAGUACCAAAGUUGCUAGAGAUCUAAGAAAUGCCUAUGCCUGCAAUGAGGAAAUUUACAACGAAAAGAAAAGAAUGUGUUGGAAGCAAACCACUAUCACAGCUUGUCUACAGAAAGCUGCUGUGAUGAGCUCUGUCUCAAAAAAACCAGAAACAA